UCCAGAGCUGCAGCAUGGCGGGGCGCCACUGCAAAUUGGUAUUGUAUCGGCUUACAAUGCAGAAUCUGGACGUUUUUUAUAAGUUUGUACAAAAAACAAAACUGCGUUCAGUAUAAAUCCAAGUGGCAUUAAGAAAUCGAGAAGAAGCAUCCUGCAUAGAAUGGAUUCGGUUCAUUGUCGGUUUGGUGUGAUUUUCGUGCUGGUUUGGAGCAAUUCGCUGCUUAUAAGGGCGUCGCUCACGUUCUACGUUAAUGACUUUAAUCCCAAUGGAUACUAUUUUGGCUACAAAACGGCAGAUGGAAGCGAACGAAGCGAAGAGGGCAGUUUGAAGAAAACCCCUACUGGAAGCGCGCUUUCAGUGUCCGGAUCAUAUGAAUUUGAAGAAGACGGAGUGAUCACUGUGGUCACAUAUGUGGCCGAUGAAAACGGCUUCAGACCAAUCACGCAGCUGCGGAAGAAGGUCAAUAAUCAGCUACCAGUCGGCUUCACUUUGGAUAACCGAAUCGAUCCGAAGCUGCUGGGUUCUUUAGCCGGCGGGGGACUCGGAUGACUUCAUGCAGCAAACCUCUGUAAAUAUCAGCAAUAAAAAAUGUCCCAUCCGGA